AUGAGUCUCUUCAAGUUCAUGGAUAUUGGAAUCAACCUGACAGAUCCUAUGUUCAGAGGAAUUUAUAGGGGGCUUCAGAAGCAUCAAGAUGAUUUACAAGAGGUAAUAGGGAGAGCUGUCCAGAUAGGUGUUAAAAAGUUUAUGAUCACAGGUGGAAGUCUACAAGACAGUAAAGAGGCACUGCGGUUGGCACAAACAUAUGACAAGUUUUUCAGUACAGUGGGGUGUCAUCCCAUGAGAUGUGAUGAGUUUGAGAAGGACAGCCCUGACCAGUACUUAGCAGGAUUGCUGCACCUUGCUGAAAACAACAAAGGAAAAGUUGUAGCAAUAGGGGAGUGUGGACUUGAUUUUGACCGACUUCAGUUUUGUCCCAAAGAUACUCAACUCAAAUAUUUGAAAAACAAUUUGAAUUGUCAGAACAAACAAAAUUACCAAUGUUUCUUCAUUGUCGAAAUUCACAUACUGAGUUUUUUGGAUAUUGUGAGAAGAUAUAGAGAUCGGUAUGUGGGUGGAGUGGUGUAUUCAUUUGAUGGUACGAAGGAAGCAGCGGCUGCUUUGAUUGACUUGGACCUUUAUAUAGGAUUUAAUGGUUGCUCUCUGAAAACUGAAGCUAAUUUGGAAGUUCUGAAGUCAAUACCUAGUGAAAAACUAAUGAUUGAGACAGAUGCACCUUGAUAUGGAGUUAAAAGUACACAUGCUGCAUCAAAACACAUAAAAACCGCAUUUCCUACCAAAAAGAAGUGGAAAGCCGGGUGCUGUUUAAAAGACAGGAACAAGCCCUGCCACAUAGUUCAAAUAUUGGAGAUAAUGUCAGCAGUAAGUGAAGAAGAUCCACUGGAAUAUGCCAACACGCUGUA